UUGCAAAUGGCAGAGCGAACCUGAAUUUGCAUGACAUGGCAGCAUAACAGUGAUGCAGCAGUAUUUAAAAAACGCCAACAGUGCAUACACUUAUCUUGCUUUGGGCAUGUCAAAAGCAUCCUGCAGAAAACAAGUUAGUGGUGAGAACAUGCAGCUGAGUGAGGAGCAGCUGCAUCAGAUAGAGCAGAACAGACGCGCCGCACUGGAACGACUGGCCAGACGAAAUGUACCUGUACCUGUUGGUGAAAGCUGGCGAAGACAAAUUGGGACUGAAUUUACAAAACCUUAUUUUACAAAGCUAAUGUCUUUUGUUACAAUGGAGAGGAAAUGCUUUACUGUCUAUCCCAGCCCUGAGCAGGUGUUUUAUAGCACAACUUUGUGCGCAAUUGAAGAUGUAAAAGUGGUAAUUCUUGGGCAAGACCCCUAUCACCAUCCAGGUCAAGCCCAUGGUUUGGGCUUCAGUGUGCUCAGGCCUAAACCUCCUCCUCCUAGUUUGGAAAACAUAUUUAAGGAGCUGACAGAAGAUAUUGUUGGUUUCCAGCACCCAGGUCAUGGAGACCUCACAGAAUGGGCUAAACAGGGUGUUCUGCUGCUGAAUUCUGUGUUGACAGUGAGGGCUCAACAACCCACCUCUCAUGAGGGUCAAGGCUGGGAGCUCUUCACAGAUGCUGUGGUCCUGUGGCUCAGCAGGAACCUCAAUGGCCUGGUCUUUCUGCUUUGGGGCUCGCAUGCUCAGAGGAAAGGCAGAGUGAUUGACAGAAGUUUAGAGGAGCGCUGCCAGCGGAUCCUACAGGAGAUGGAGGGGUGUUUGACGGCUCGGGACCGGGUGGGCAUUCAGGACUUUGUUCUCCUGGACGCCUACACCAGUGAGACUGCAUUUAUGGACAACCUUAGAAAACGGUUCAACGAAAACCUUAUAUAUACCUACAUCGGGACCCUCCUAGUGUCAGUAAAUCCAUAUAAGGACUUGGGUAUCUAUACCAAGAAACAAAUGGACAUUUAUAUGGGAGUCAACUUUUUUGAGCUGCCUCCUCAUAUAUUUGCUCUUGCUGAUAACGUGUACCGGACAAUGGUUAGUGAAACCAACAACCACUUCAUCCUCAUCUCUGGUGAGAGUGGUUCGGGUAAGACAGAGGCCUCUAAGAAAGUCCUGCAGUUCUAUGCAGUAAGCUGUCCCAGCACUAGACUCCUGGACAACGUGAGAGAUCGGCUCCUUCUUUCCAAUCCGGUGCUGGAGGCUUUUGGAAACGCCAAAACCCUGAAAAAUGACAACUCGAGUCGAUUUGGAAAGUAUAUGGACAUACAGUUUGACCAUCGGGGAGCAGCUGUCGGUGGCCACAUCUUAAGCUACUUACUGGAAAAGUCAAGGGUGGUCCACCAAAAUCAUGGAGAGAGGAACUUCCACAUCUUCUAUCAGUUAGUUGAGGGAGGGGAGGAUGAGCUUCUUCGCUGGCUUGGUUUGGAGCGAAACUGUCAGAACUACCGCUAUCUUAUUCAGGGAGAAUGUGCCAAAGUGAGCUCCAUUAAUGACAAGAGUGACUGGAAAACUGUACAGAAGGCUCUUACUAUCGUUAAGUUUAGUGAAAAAGAUAUAGAGCAUCUGUUUGCGAUCAUUGCCAGUGUCCUUCAUCUCGGGAAUGUUCACUUUGAGGCCAGUGCUCUGGGUUAUGCCACAUUAAACAGCAGUGCAGAAGUGCACUGGCUGUCAAAGUUAUUGGGCAUCCCCUCAAACAUGUUACAGGAGGGUUUAACUCACAGGAAGAUAGAAGCCAAAGCAGAAGAGGUUCUAAGCCCUUUCACGGCUGAACAUGCAAAGUAUGCCAGGGAUGCACUAGCCAAAGCCAUCUAUGGCCGCACAUUCUCAUGGCUCGUUAAUAAGAUUAAUGAAUCUUUGGCAAAUAAGGAUUCAACCAGAAAGACGGUGAUUGGACUGCUUGACAUCUAUGGAUUUGAGGUGUUUGAUGUGAACAGUUUUGAACAGUUCUGUAUAAAUUUCUGCAAUGAAAAGCUUCAGCAGCUUUUCAUCCAGCUCACCCUCAAAUCAGAGCAGGAGGAGUACGAGAUGGAGGGAAUCGAGUGGGAGCCAGUGCCAUUCUUCAACAAUAAGAUCAUCUGUGACCUGGUGGAGGAGAAACAUAGAGGCAUCAUAUCAGUACUGGAUGAAGAAUGUCUGCGUCCUGGAGAAGCCACAGAUUUUACAUUCCUGGAGAAGCUAGAGGAGAAGAUGUGCGGUCACCCUCAUUUUGUCACGCACAAAUUGGCUGACCAGAAAACCCGCAAGACCUUGGAACGAGGGGAUUUUCGACUCCUACACUAUGCUGGAGAAGUUACUUACUCAGUUGUUGGAUUUAUUGACAAAAAUAAUGAUCUUCUGUACAGGAACAUUAAAGAGGUCAUGCGACAGUCUAAGAACAGUAUUAUCCAGCAUUGCUUCCAUGCUAUUGAACCUGACGGCAAGAAAAGACCUGAGACGGUAGCCACCCAGUUUAAGAGCAGCCUUGCAGGCCUCACUGAAAUCCUCAUGACCAAAGAACCAUGGUAUGUGCGGUGCCUGAAACCCAACCACUGCAAGCAGCCAGAUCACUUUGAUGAUGUCAUGGUGAGACAUCAAGUCAAGUACCUGGGGUUAAUGGAGCACCUGAGAGUCAGACGUGCUGGGUUUGCUUAUAGGAGAAGAUACGAAGUCUUCCUAAAAAGAUAUAAGGCUCUAUGUCCUGACACAUGGCCACACUGGAAUGGGACACCAGCAGAGGGAGUGCAGCAACUCAUCAAACACCUUGGCUACAAACCAAACGAGUACAAGAUGGGAAGGACAAAAAUCUUUAUUCGCCAUCCAAGGACUCUUUUUGCCACUGAGGAUGCAUUUGAGGUCUGCAAGCAUGAACUGGCCACAAGGAUCCAGGCCAAAUACAAAGGCUAUAGGGUGAAAGAAGACUAUCAAAGGCAGAGAGAAGCAGCUACCAAGAUUGAAACAUGUUGGCGGGGCCUUCAGGCCAGAAAAGAGAGGGAAAGAAGAGCCUGGGCUGUCAAAGUCAUCAAGAAGUUUAUCAAGGGCUUCAUGAACAGGAAUCAGCCUGUAAGCAUGGACAACUCUGAAUAUCUGGCCUUUGUCAGACAGAGCUACCUCACUCGACUCAAAGAGUAUCUGCCAAAAUCAGUACUAGACAAAACUACUUGGCUGACUCCUCCACCAAUAAUGCAAGAGGCCUCAGUGCUCUUACGUAAGUUGCACACACGUCUCCUCGUACGGAAGUAUGUUCGAGGGAUCAGUGCACAGCGAAAGGUGCAGCUGCAAAUCAAAGCACUGACCAGUGACAUAUUCAAAGGCAGAAAAGAGAACUACCCUCAGAGCAUAUGCCAACCCUUUGCUGGCACUAGGAUAAGUGAACAGGACAUGAACGUCAAAGUCUUGCAGCUGAUUUGUCCUGAGGGCAUUGAGUACAGUGUUCCAGUGAUUAAGUAUGACAGGAAUGGCUUUCGGCCACGUUUCAGACAGCUAAUCUUCACCCAGGCUGCUGCGUAUUUGGUGGAGGAGGCCAAAAUUAAACAGAGGGUGAAUUACAGCUCACUUAAAGGGGUGUCUGUCAGCAAUUUAAGUGACAACUUCCUGAUUCUCCAUGUCACAUGUGAUGAUACAAAGCAAAAAGGGGACCUGGUCUUGCAGUGCAGCUAUCUAUUCGAGGCAUUGACAAAAAUCUGUGUAGUGGCAAAAAACCAAAGCCUUAUCAAAGUUGUACAAGGAAGUGUGAGGUUUGACAUCCAGCCUGGCAAAGAGGGCUUUGUGGAUUUUAAGAGCAGCAGUGAAUGCAUGGUCUACAGAGCCAAGAAUGGACACUUGAUGGUGGAAUCUGCACGGACAAAAUCUCGGUGACACGUUUCACCUCUCAAAACUUCUCUUCAAUGGCCCAAAUUAAUGCAUCAGUCAAGUUUAAACACUACCAUUUGCCCUAAAAGAACCUACACUUUAACAGUUUUCCUAAUCAAACACACCUGAUUCAACUCAUCAGUUCAUUAAACUCCAAUACCUGAAAUGAGUUUAUCAGAUAAUGGAGAGGAAAUGUGGACUAAUGGGGCUACUCCAGGACCAGGGUUGGGCAACACUAAAAUGUGAAUUUAUUUUUCAAGGGACAAAUCAUGAAAUAUCAUUGUAAUUUAUUCACCAAAUAAGAGGAAAAGGAAACAAGUCAGACUGGUGUAAUAGGUCAUUGGAUUUUUAUUUUUUAUUUGUUUAAUUGAAUAAUAUCAGGUUACAUUCUGUAUUUUAGUUGUAUACUUUACAUUGUCUUUGUGUAUUUAUAAGACCAUGUUUUGUUAUAAACAUCCAGCAGUUAAUGAAAAUUGCUACUUUUUUAUCAAAUUAAUUGGGUUUGUCUUGGUUUUUGCUAAUUGUGGAUCUUUCGGGUGCACAGAAUAUAGAAAAUUAGUUGCUUCAAAGCACAAACCUUUUUUCCUCAAAUGAUGUAAAUGUGUUAAUUUUGUUAAAUCAUAAAAGUUAACUGUUCAGUAAAAAAAAACAAAUAUGUGCAUUAGU